AAAGUCACAAAUCACACAUACACACACUCAAAUACAUACACUAGUAGUGUGGUGUGUGCCCUUCCUUUAUCCUUUUGCUUUUUGUGUGCAAUUAACACACACUCACACAAAAAUGACGGCAUGCCAAGAUUGGCCAGAGCCAGUGAUUCGAGUCCAAGCCUUGGCUGCAAGUGGCUUAGCCACAAUCCCCGAACGUUUCAUAAAGCCUAAGUCCCAAAGACCCACUAAUAGUAACAAUUAUGCUCCAAAGACCAAUUCCUCUCAAAUUGGUCAUCAUAAGAACAAUACCACCAACAGCAACAUCCCAGUGAUUGACAUGAAGCACAUCUACGGUGGUGACGAGGGAAAGAGGGCUGAGACACUCCGGCUCGUGUCGGAGGCGUGCCAAGAAUGGGGUUUUUUCCAGGUGGUGAACCAUGGAGUGAGCCAUGAGUUGAUGAAGGGGGCAAGGGAGGUGUGGAGGGAGUUCUUUCACCAGCCACUUGAUGUGAAAGAGGUGUAUGCUAAUACACCCCUCACUUAUGAAGGGUAUGGAAGCAGGUUGGGAGUGAAAAAAGGGGCCAUUUUGGAUUGGAGUGAUUACUUCUUUCUCCAUUACAUGCCUUGUUCCCUAAGGGACCAAGCCAAGUGGCCUGCCCUCCCAACAUCCUUAAGGAGCAUCAUCUCUGAAUAUGGUGAACAAAUUGUUAAGCUAGGAGGAAGGAUACUUGAGAUAAUGUCAAUAAAUCUUGGCCUUAGAGAGGAUUUUCUCCUAAAUGCAUUUGGUGGGGAAAAUGACCUUGGUGCUUGCUUGAGGGUGAAUUUCUACCCUAAGUGCCCACAGCCUGACCUCACUCUUGGACUUUCCUCUCACUCAGAUCCUGGUGGCAUGACCAUUCUUCUCCCUGAUGAAAAUGUAUCAGGACUUCAAGUACGCAGAGGAGAAGAUUGGGUCACUGUUAAGCCAGUCCCAAAUGCUUUCAUCAUCAACAUGGGUGACCAAAUUCAGGUGCUGAGCAAUGCAACUUACAAGAGUAUAGAGCACAGGGUGAUCGUGAACUCAGACAAAGAUCGCGUUUCAUUGGCCUUUUUCUAUAACCCCAGGAGCGAUAUACCGAUCCAACCAGCCAAGGAGCUUGUGACUAAGGAUAGGCCAGCACUAUACCCACCAAUGACAUUUGAUGAGUAUAGACUUUACAUUAGGACAAGAGGACCAAGUGGAAAAGCUCAAGUUGAAUCUUUGACUUCCAAAUGAGAUGAGAUUCCAAUUGAGCAGUAGUUUGCAGUGCACAAAAUUAAUUUGCAUAUGAAUAAUUUAUCAUCUUUGUGUUUGUCUCAAUAUCAGACUCAAUUAAUCAAGUAUCAUAUCCCACUUAAAUUCUAUGUAACACUUUACUCUGUAUUUUUCUUAUCUCAAAUAUAAUAUAUGGUUGAGUUAUUGCA